AGAGGGCCACUUCUGAGGGAUCCUUUGCUACCCGGGAAAGCUUCCCUGUCCCUUUCGCCCGGCCGCCGGCUCCUUUCCACUGGGGGAACGAGGGGCAAGGCCAGCCCAUCAUUGCCUCCGAGUACUCUGCUCUCUGGAGUCCAGAAGGCUAACAUGUUACCAGACUCUAAAAAGUUUGGGGAGAGGGAUCCCCAAGAAGAUCCAUCUGUCACUCUCUUCCGGGAAUACCUGAGGAUCAAGACAGUUCAGCCUCAGCCUGAUUAUGAAACGGCAGUAAAAUUCCUGGAAAGAAUAGCUUCUGAACUUGGUCUACAGUGUCUGAAAGUAGAGGUCUGCCCUGAUCGUGUGAUCACCAUUCUGACUUGGAGAGGCACAAACCCACAACUCAGCUCCAUCUUACUGAAUUCUCAUACAGACGUUGUUCCCGUGUUUGAGGAAUAUUGGCAGUAUGAUCCUUUUUCAGCUUUCAAGGACUCUGAGGGAAAUAUCUAUGGACGGGGAGCUCAAGAUAUGAAAUGUGUAUCCAUCCAAUACCUAGAAGCCAUACGGAGACUGAAAGCUGAAGGAAGACAUUUUCCACGAACCAUUCAUAUGAGCUUUGUCCCAGAUGAAGAGAUUGGGGGCCACAAGGGGAUGGAACUGUUUGUGAAGACUCCUGAGUUUGCGGCGCUUAAUGUUGGCUUUGCCCUGGAUGAAGGCCUGGCAAACCCAACUGACACUUUCACUGUAUUCUAUGGCGAGAAAUGCCCAUGGUGGAUUAAAGUGAAAGUAGAAGGGAAUCCGGGACAUGGAUCCAGAUUCAUUGAAAAUACAGCUGCUGAAAAGAUGCACAGAGUGAUCACUUCUUUCCUAGAAUUCAGAGAACAUGAAAAGCAAAGAUUGAAAACAGAAGGACAUCUCACUUUAGGAGAUGUAACAUCCGUGAACCUGACCAUGUUGAAUGGAGGCGUAUCAUUCAAUGUGGUCCCCUCUGAGCUCUCUGUUGCCUUUGACAUCCGACUCCCUCCCACAGAGGACUUAAAGGCAUUUGAGGAGCAACUCACAACUUGGUGCAAAGCUGCUGGAGAAGGUGUUACAUAUGAGUUCCAGCAGAAAUACACGGAUCAGACAGUUACCUCCACAGAGGAAUCUGAUCCCUGGUGGAAGGCAUUCAGUGACACCUGCAAAGCCAUGAAUAUGAAGCUGAAGUGUGAGAUCUUCCCUGCUGCCACUGACAGCCGCUACAUCAGAGCAGCAGGUCGCCCUGCAAUUGGCUUUUCCCCCAUGAACUACACGCCUGUGCUUCUGCAUGACCACAACGAAUUCCUGAAUGAGCAGGUCUUCCUUCAUGGGAUUGAGAUCUAUGCUCACCUCAUCCCGGCACUGGCCAGUGUCCCUCCUCUGCAAGCAGAAGCCUGAGAUCCUAGCAAAUGGCAGUGAUUUGGGGUGUGUGGUGGUGAUGGUGGUAGGGGGAUUGGAGAGAAAAACCAAAGAAAUUGAGAAAGGACACUAUGAUCUUGUGACCAAGGACUUAUGGUGCCUGAUCAUCUGUGUUUCGCCAAGAGGAAGUGGAAUUCCAGGAUCCCUUGAUGUCACACAAGGGACAAAGCAAACUGGCAGCAUCAGUUAAUGCAACCAUAUGUAAAUGAGGGUCUUAUUGAUGUCAAUGACUUUUUGUCUGCUGCAUACUAAUGAAGGUAGAGACUCUUCUUCUCACAAAUCCAGAUGGAAAAUCACGUCUUUUUUUUUUCUACUAACAAUUCUCCAUUUGGAGAUAAAAGGAUAGUCUUUGUUGCUUCUAAAUCAGAAAAUCUUAAAAGACUAGUUUCUCACUACUAAAAUGCAAUUGAACAGGAAA